AUGCAUGAAAUCUCAUCAGAAAAUGAGCCAGUCAAUAGCUCUGAGAUCCGGACGUUUAUAUUUUUCGAUUUGGAAACAACGGGUUUGAUUCAGGGCUCGAACAUGCCCAGAAUAACCGAAAUGUCGUUAGUUGCAACAUCAAGGAAUUCGCUGCUCAGUGAGGAUGGGAAGUUACCACGAGUUAUGCAUAAGCUUCUGAUACCAUUGGAACCAUCGCAGGAGAUUCCUCCGAUCGUAUCUCGAAUAACUGGUUUAAACAAUGAUUUAUUGAAGCAUGAAAUGCAGUUUGAUCAACAAAUCUAUGAGCUCAUGAACUCUUUCAUCGGUAGAUUGUGUCCCCCUGUAUGUUUUGUAGCUCAUAAUGGAAAUGGAUUUGAUUAUCCGAUUCUUAUGUCUGAGCUGAGUCGCGUAGGAAAGGUAAUGAAUCGGAGAGAGAUAACAUUCAAUAACCUUCUACCACUUAUAUUCUUGAACCGUGUUUCCUCACAGACUUUUUCUCGGGAUAUCCUAUGCAUAGAUUCGAUAGGCGCUUUCAGGAAUUACUUUGACCCUUCUCGUGAUGGUGAGAACGUCCCUUUGAAAACUGGUGAGGUAAAUACGCAUUUUUUCGACGAUGGAUUAGAUGAUGCACUUGCUGCAAUUGUCGAUGAUUUUCGAGACGUCUCUUCAUCAUCAAAUGAACAGGACACGGCCGAUGCGAAAUAUGAAGAAGAAGGUGCGUUGCUAUGUGCUGGAGAACUGCAAAGACGAAACGAAUCUACACCAACUCGUAACAUUAGAGAUCCGAUGAAUGUUGUUCCACAUAAGAUAUCCAGAGCUAUGAGUGGAAUAGGCGUGAAGAAGCGAUUACCGUUCAGUUACGACCGACCGAUGAAUUUUAAACUACCAACUCUUUACAAAUAUUUGACGGGAGACCCUCCACAAGUUUCUCAUUCAGCAGAGGCUGAUAGUUUGUCUUUAUUGACCUGUGCAAUGAAAGUUUCCGGAACAUUUGUAAAGUGGGCCGAUCUUAAUGCGAGUCCUAUAUCAACGUUUGCUGGGAAACGAUAACAGUACUUGAUGGACAUUUUAUCAUAUCAGACGUUAUUGUUAUUGUACAAUUAUAUAUUCCUAAAAAUUUUCCGAAUUGUUGCGCAGAACUUAUUUCAUAUUCAUUGAGUCAUUGAUGACAUAUGAUGCGCUUGUGUACUAGCUUCUUUCGAUCGAAACACUGGCCCGGCUGAAAUGAGAGACGAUCGUUCUUGAACAAAUACUGUAAGACCUUGAUUUGUUUCACUUUAAAAUCAAUAAAUUCGACCCAUACCAAAGAA